AUGAAGACCAUUCUCAGCAAUCAGACUGUCAUUCCAGAAAAUGUCGACAUCACUCUGAAGGGGCGCACAGUCAGUGUGAAGGCCCCCAGGAGAACUCUGAGGAGGGACUUCAAUCACAUCAAUGUAGAGCUGAGUCUUCUUGGAAAGAAAAAGAAAAGGCUCCAUGUUGACAAAUGGCGGGGUAACAGGAAGGAACUGGCCACUGUCAGAACCACCUGCAGUCAUGUUCAGAACAUGAUCAAGGGUGUGACACUGGGCUUCCCUUACAAGAUGAGGUCUGUGUGUGCUCACUUCCCUAUCGACGUCGUUAUUCAGGAGAAUGGGUCUGUGGUUGAAAUCCACAUUUUCUUGGGUGAAAUUUGCAGGUUCAGAUGAGGAUACAUGCUUGUUGUCUCUCAAGCCCAGAAGGAUGAAUUAAUCCUUGAAGAAAAUGAUAUUGAACUUGUUUCAAAUUCAGCAGCUCUGAUUCAGGACGCCAUGACAGUUAAAAACAAGAAUAUCAGAAAGUUUUUGGGUGGCAUCUAUGUGUCUGAGAAGGGAACCGUGCAGCAGGCUGACGAGUGA